AUGCUGGGCAGGAUCUUCUUUGCGUGCCUCCUCCUCCUCCUGGGCCUGUGCGGCUCCGGCUCCUCUCUGAGCUGCAGGUGGAUGGACCAUAAAUUCAGACAGUACAGUGAACAGUCGCUGGACCUGAUAGAAAUGAUGGUGAGUGUACUGAUCUGUGCUCUGAACGGCUGGUUAACUCCUACUUUGACGCUUGUUAACAAUCAGCCCGUGCUGUGUGUGAUGCAGGGAAACAACUCCACCAACAGCACUGAGGAUGAGGAGGAGGAGAACAGAGCUGCCUUCCCUCUUCAUCUGUACAGCCAGGCCUCCAAAGCAUCGAAUGGCAUAUGUAUUUCUGGACUGUUUAAACCAACAGGGGGCGCCAUAGUCCACUAUUUUCUUGGCCCAUGGAAAUGUGAGGAGGCCUCGGAAGCAUCAUAA